AUGACGAAACCACAACCGCGCAACCGCGCAACCCCAACACCGAAUACCCGAUUUCGAGUAGUACCCCAAGAACCUCCGAAAAUAAAAGCACCAGACCUCCCAGCAGAAGUUCAAGGCCCAGCCCUCAUAACACCAAAGCGCCGCCCGAUUUUCAAAUCAAGCCUUCUAUCAAACCUCCGCCAACGCUUCGCAACCCUCCCCUCCCCAGUCCGCCGAACAUGUCGAACCCUCCGCUGGCUAGCACCCGUUAUCCCAAUCGGUCUCUUCUUCCCUGAACAUGUCAUGCAAGUGAUGUGGGUGCGCGGACCGUCUAUGACACCCUACCUCAACGAGGAUUAUGAUCAAAUGCAAACAAAGAGUGAUAUGGUAUUAGUUAAUAUGUGGUCUUGGGGUGGGUUACUACCUUUUCGGAAGGAGAGGAAGCUUGAACGAGGGACUGUCGUUACUUUCCGAUCCCCAGCAAACCCCUCCCACAUCGCCAUCAAACGCAUAAUCGGUCUACCGGGCGACCGCGUCACAACCCGCGAACCAUGUCUAAAGGAGACCCAAAUCGUGCCGUGGAACCAUGUCUGGCUCGAAGGCGAUGCGGAAGAUCCGCGCAAGACGCUGGAUAGUAAUACGUAUGGGCCUGUCAGUCUCAGUCUGGUUACUGGAAAAGUAUUUGCGGUUUUAGGGCCGCGGAUGCGGUGGUUGAAGGCGUCGGAUUGGGAGGAAGGGAGUGAGGAUGCAGAUGUGAAUAGUCGGGUUGAGAAGCAUCGACAGAGUGUUCGGGAUCGGAUUGUUAAGAAUGCUGUUAAGGUUGAGCAGCCUUUCUUGAAUUGA